UCAGCGCAUUCGCCCUCCUGGUGGGUGUCUCCGAUAUGUCAUCCGCGAGCGGAGGUCUCCGGGGCAAGACCAUCGUAUUUUCCCAGGAGUCUUCCAACUCCUACCUGAAGCUUUUGCCGAAUAAUUUCCCCGAGCUGAGUGCCUUCACCCUAUGCAUGCGCUCGGCUACCGAGCUGACGCGAAGCCAUGCUACCAUCUCCUACGCCACACCCGAAAGCUAUAACCAGAUUCUCUUCUGGGCGCCGGAAACCAAGGGCUUCAAUCUGUAUCUGACAGACAGUGAGGCUAUCUUCCAGCUGCCAGAAGCUGGCUCACUACACCGGCACCUCUGCGUCAGCUGGGAGUCUGGGACAGGAAACGCCAACUUGUGGGUAGACGGCAAACGGAGUUUGUCCAAAACGCUCUGGCAGGGUCACAGAGUGAAGGGAGGUGGUGUGUUCAUCCUGGGACAGGAUCAGGACGAGAUAGAGGGGGGCUUUGAUGCAGACCAGUCAUUCGUCGGGCAGAUAUCCCAGGUAAACCUGUGGGAUCGGGCUCUGGGAGAUAGGGAGGUGGCGGAGGUAAUGCGGGGUUGUCUGUGUUCUGGGGGGAACGUCAUCGACUGGUCCUCAGUAGAUUUCGAGACCACUGGAGCAGUGGAAAUCACUGCUGAUCCGGAGUGUGAUUUGUGACGAGUCAAGGGUGACGAGACGGUCCCAGGAGGAGUAAAGGCCGAAGGACCUGCGGCUGA